CUGAAAACUUGCCUUCGUUUUCAACCAAUGGACCCCUCGUCUUCUCUCUUCCCCUCUCCGUUUAAAUCUCCCCCAAAACCCUAAUAUCUCUCUUUCUCUCUCUCAACUCACCGGCCCCUUUCGCCGCGAUCCGUUCCUCAAAUUCACCCGCACACGAAAACUAGGGCUUCGUUGACCCUCUCAUUGUUUCUGUCUCCAAACUCCUCACCCUCUCUCUCGCUCCUCGUCGCUGAUCUACCACUGCUUGAUCCGUGCAUGUUGAUUCGCUAGGGUUUUCGACAUGAAGCGGGAGCUGGCUUUCGUAUUGCAGACCCAAUGCGACCUACCCGCGGGUCUGUCUCCGGGUCGGACCCGGGCGUCCAAAGGCCGGGUCCCGAGUGGCGGCCCAAACAACGACGGUGGAAGUAGGAAGAAGCUCAAGGCGGAAUCGAACGGUCUGGUUGCGAUCGAUACGGAUCAAGAGAAGGUAACGGCUAGUCAGGGCAGUGAUGUAUUAUUAGGUGUGUAUAGAAGAACUAGAAGGAAUAAGGGAGCUGUAAUUAUUGACCAAAGUAAGAGCAAUUUGGACGAGGCUUUGAGUAGAGAAGAGUUAAGGGAUGGUAGUGAAAAGCCGGUUGAAACUGGAAUUAUAGGCGAAACUAAGUGCAAUUUGGAUGAGGGUUCAUCUAAAGAAGAGUUAAGGAAUGGCGGAGAAAAGCCUUUUGUUAGUGAAGGAGGUUCCGAGGUUGUGCCAGUGGCGGUUGAAACAGUAGUUGUAGAUGGAAUUAAGUGCAAUUUGGAUGAGGGUUCAAGUAAACAAGAGUUGAGAGAUGGUUGUGAAAAGCCGUGUGUUAGUGAAGGAGGUGCUGAGGUUGCGCCAAUGGCGGUUGAUGAGAGUAAUGAGGUAAAGAAUGUCGAGGACGAUGAGGGGGUUAAGAUUAAUGACUUGUCGUCUAAUGAGGUAGCGAAUGAUGUCAAUAAUGAGGUAAGCAAUGGGGUGUUGGUUGAAGCUCCGAGGCGGUUCACGAGAUCAACAAUGAAUAAUGCUGAGGGGAGUAGUAGCAAGAACGGGUUUUUUUCGAGUGCCGAGGCGAAUGUUGGUUCUGUGGAUUGUGCUACUGGGACUAAAACGAAGAUAUUGGAAUUGAAAAUGUCGAAGAAGAUAGGGUUGCAGAGCAGACCUACGACGACAAAGGAGCUUCUCUCGACCGGUUUGCUGGAGGGGUAUCCUGUUUUCUACAAUGGCGGUAACAAGCACAAGGCGGCUGUGCUUCGGGGAACGAUUAAGGACAUUGGGAUUCUGUGUUUCUGUAGGUUGUGCAAGGGAUCCAGGGUUGUUUCUCCUGGUGUGUUUGAGAUCCAUGCUUGUAAAUCGUACAGACGUGCAGCACAAUAUAUAUGCCUUGAGAAUGGUAGAAAUCUCCUAGAGGUGGUGAAGGCAUGCAAAAACUCUCGUUUGAAUAUGUUGGAAGAAACGAUUCGUAAUCUCAUUGGUCCGUUGCCUGAAAAGGGAUCUCUAAGUUGUCAUAAUUGCAAAAGGUCCUUCCUUGCAACAACUGCUGAGAAGGUGGAACUACUUUGCCCGCCAUGCGUUGGUUUGAAGAACUCAGAACCUGCCAUAGCUGAAACAACUGAUACAAAUGCUAGGUCUUUACCACCAAUCUUGCCUGUAAGAAGGUCCACAAGAAGUGCUAGUGUGAUCAUUCCAUUAGAAGAUAAGAAUCAAGAAAGCGUGAUAAAAGAUAGGUCCUUGAACCAAGCUUUGUCUCCAAAGUCCCCUGGAACUUCUUCCAUGCAUUUUUUGUCUAAUAAAAAGAAUCAAGGGAGGAUAAAGAAAAAUUCCUCUGGAUCACCUUCAGUUUCGCAGCCCAUUGCCAGUGCUUCAGCACUUAGUUCAUCAAAAACCAACAGUCAGGGAAAGACAACCAAAAAGGUGGUAAAACCAGGUUCUGCUCAAAAGGCAAACAUAGGUGCUUCGGUGUGGAUUUCAUCACAACAUCAGGGUCAGCCAAAUAUCACAAAAAAGUCCGCAAAAGCUAUUUUGUCUCCAAGGUCCUCUAAAAGUGCUUCUCUGCAUCUCUCUGCUGUAGACAAGAGCAAAUGGAAGAUAACAAAAAAAGAUCAGGGGUUGCAUAAGUUGGUUUUUGAGGAUGGUGGAUUACCAGAUGGAACUGAAGUAGCUUAUUAUUCUCGUGGGAAGAAAUUGCUUGAGGGUUAUAAAAAGGGCCAAGGAAUAUUUUGUCGUUGCUGCAGCUCUGAGGUAAGCGCGUCACAGUUUGAAGCUCAUGCUGGCUGGGCCUCACGCAAGAAGCCUUACCAAUAUAUUUACACUUCAAAUGGGGUGUCACUCCAUGAAUUUGCAAUCUCUCUAUUGAAAGGUCGUAAGCAUUCUGAGAAGGACAAUGAUGAUCUAUGCAUCAUCUGCGCUGAUGGUGGGAACCUUUUGCUAUGUGAUGUAUGCCCAAGGGCGUUCCAUAUAGAAUGCGCAUCAUUAACAAGCAUUCCUCGUGGUAAAUGGUACUGUCAAUAUUGCCAGAAUAUGUUCCAAAGGGAAAAGUUUGUGGAGUUCAAUGAGAACGCUUUAGCAGCUGGAAGGGUGUCUGGAGUUGAUCCUAUUGAACAGAUAACCAAGCGAUGCAUUCGAAUCGUUAAAAACCCAGAAGAUGCUGAGGUCAUUGCAUGUGUUUUGUGCAGAGGUUAUAAUUUCAGAAAAUCUGGAUUUGGUUCAUUCACAGUCAUAGUUUGCGAUCAGUGUGAGAAGGAAUAUCAUGUUGGCUGCUUGAAGAAGCAUAACAUGGCAGACCUACAGGAAUUGCCAAAGGGGAAGUGGUUCUGCUGCAUGGAUUGCGAGAGGAUCUUUUCUGCUUUGCAGAAAUUGCUAAUACGUGGAGAGGAAAAAAUACCAGAUUCUCUUCUUGAUGUCAUGAAGAAGAAGUAUGAGGAAAAAGUUCCUGAUACUCCCACAGAUUUCGACGUUAGAUGGAGGGUUCUCAGCGGGAAAAUUGCUUCUCCUGAAACUAGAUUGUUCCUCUCAAAAGCUGUUGCUAUUUUCCACGAUUGCUUUGAUCCUAUAGUUGACUCAGCAACUGGACGUGACUUUAUUCCCUCUAUGGUUUAUGGAAGGAACAUAAGGGGCCAAGACUUUGCAGGAAUGUAUUGUGCAGUAUUAACACUGAACUCACGUGUUGUCUCAGCUGGAAUCUUCAGAGUUUUUGGACAGGAAAUUGCUGAACUUCCCUUAGUUGCAACAAGUAGUGAUAACCAAGGCAAGGGCUAUUUCCAGGUAUUAUUUUCAUGUAUUGAGAGACUGCUUGCAUUCUUGAACGUGAAGUGGUUGGUGCUCCCUGCUGCCCAUGAAGCGGAAUCUAUAUGGACACAGAAAUUUGGUUUUGAAAGGAUGCCUGUAGAACAACUUAGCAACUUUAGAAAAACAUGUUGGCAAAUGUUGACUUUCACAGGAACGUCAAUGCUGCAAAAAAUGGUUCCCCCUUGUCGGAUUAUUGAUCAACUUGUAGUUGAUGUGGCUAUGGAGUCCAGUUGAGUGGAGGGAAGCCAUUUUGGUUGGCGGCUUCCUCUCUUAAUGUAUAUUUGAUGUUUUUGUUAGUAUUUUUAGUUAUCUCAGCUGUAGUUGUCAUUUAUCAACAUUACAUGGGAAAUGAGAUGUCAAUAGAAGUAGAGUUGUCAGAGAGAAACAAAGAACCCUAGUAGAGUGUAGACUGAUGAUUUUGUAAAGACGAAGAUACUGAUUUCCAUCCGUAAAUGUGUACUAAUUCUUUCUUGGUGUUUUUGAAA